ACCACAGCAGCAGCAUGGCUACCACCAGUCAUGCCCUCCUCAUCGCCCUCGUCGUCCUCGCCGGCCUCGCCGACCUGCAGGCCGCCGCGGGGCCCGUUCACGCCGCGGAGCACUCCGCGGCGGCGACAAUGGCGACGGCGUACCCAAUGGCGGAUGAGGCGGAUCCGGACCUGAACGGGAUGAUGCAGUGCAUGUUCGGGUGCUUCACGUCGGUGAUGAGCUGCGCGUUCGGGUGCAUGGGCAAGGGCCCCGACCUGCCGCUCUGCGUCAUCAGCUGCAACCAGAAGAGCAUCGUCUGCAUGAUCCGCUGCGGCCUCACGCCCUCGCCGCCGAGCCCCAAGCCGCCAACGCCACCCGGGCCCAAGCCGUCCGCGCCCAAGCCGGCGCCCCCCAAGCCUGCACCCGGCCCGCCGCCAUACGCCCGUCAAAACACCGAGACCUCCCCUUAGACGUAGGCCGACAAUUGCCAUGCAUGCAUGAUGCCAGUAAUAUGGUUUACGAAUUAACUAAAAAAGAAGCCGCGUAUAUCAUGGAGGUAUACCCAGAUAUAUAAAUAGUGCUCGAUCCAUAAUUUAUAGCUGGAUUUCAACACUUAUAUAUCUAGAUUUACGCCCCUCAAAAAAAUUAUAUAUCUAGAUCUAUGUUAUUACAGUAGACACAAUGUCAUAUAUGACCCACGGUGAUUGUACUUAUACUAUUCAUGCAAUAUAUAUG